AUGUCUAGUAUUGUUCAAAUAGCUAUAGAACUAUCUUUUUGGAGUCCAGUUGUACUCUUUUCUAUUGGAAUUCCAUCAGCGUUUUUCAAUACAAUUAUUUUUGUGGGAAUAAAAACAUUUCGACAAUCUCCUAGUGUUUAUUAUGUUAUUGGUCAAUCAUUAUCUGAUCUAAUUGUUUUAUUAAUUUUACUUAUUGAAAAUAUCUCAUCAAUAUCCGUAUCUACUUCUUCAAUGACAUGUAAAUUAAUGCUCUUUUUUAGUCAAUUAACAGUACCUUGUGCAAUGAGUUUUCUUUGUCUAUCAGCAUUUGAUCGUUGGGCAUGUACUUCUCGAUCAGCUCGAAUACGUCAGUUAAGUUCAAAUAAUGUAGCUCGUCGACUCUUUCCAAUUCCUUUUCUUUUUUGGUCAUUGAUUGAUAUUCCUUAUCUAAUUUUUUGUGAUUUAAUUCCACCUACAUUCGAUUGUUAUUUCACAAAUGAUAUUUUUGGUGAAAUUGCUAUUUAUUUUCUUGCUCCUAUUUUCUCUGUUCUUCUUCCUCUGUUCGUUUUAAUAACAUUUAGUAUUCUCACAUAUCGAAAUAUUCAUCAUCAUCUUAUUCGAAAUCAUUUAUCAAUGUGGGAACAACAAAUGACAAGAAUGAUAAUUAUUCAAACUCUUUUAAGUAUUUUCUGUACACUUCCUCAAUUUAUUUUUGUUAUUUAUUCAAUAGUCACACUUAACAAACGUGCAAUGAGAAGUUUUUAUCAAAUUUCCAUUGAAUUAUUAAUUAAUCAAUGUACUAUUUUUAUUAUGGGUAUUAAUUUCAUUUCUUCAUUUUACAUUUUUUUUCUCUUUUCACCACGUCUUCGAUUAACAACCAAAAAAUAUAUGAAAAAUCUAUGGAAUUUAAAAAAUAAUCAAAUUAUUCCAGUGAAUAUUACUCAGAUAGUACGAAGAAAAACAGCAAUCCAAACUCAUCAAAGAUAA